AUGUCGGUUUCUUUACAGGAGUUGGACAGCACAGUCCGCGCCUUCUACGAGGGCAAGGGAGACCUGCAAAAACAAGCCCAGCAGACUUUGACGGAGUUUAAGCAAAACCCAGAUGCUUGGUUAAUUGUAGGGAAUAUCCUGCAAGAGUCGUCGUAUCCACAGACCAAAUAUCUUGCUCUUCAAGUCCUUGACGAUGUGAUCAUGACGCGUUGGAAGGUUUUACCAAGGGAACAAUGUUUAGGCAUUCGGAAUUUCAUCGUAAAUUUCAUCAUCGAAAAUUCCAAUUCGGAGGAAAAGCUAAGGAACGAACGGGCUUUUCUGAACAAGCUUAACUUGGUUCUUGUGUCUAUUUUGAAGCAAGAGUGGCCUCAUAACUGGCCAACCUUCAUCAAUGAAAUCAUAUCGUCUUGCCAUACAAGUUUGUCGAUCUGUGAAAACAACAUGGCUAUUCUUCGACUGUUAUCUGAGGAAGUUUUUGAUUUUUCCCAGGAUCAAAUGACCUCAGUCAAAGCAAGGAAUCUGAAGACCUCCAUGACACAAGAGUUUUCAUCAAUUUUCCAGCUAUGCUCAGAGGUUCUUAACACAGCAAACCAACCAAGUCUAAUCAAAGCCACACUAGAAACUCUUCUCCGUUUCCUGAACUGGAUUCCGUUGGGAUAUAUUUUCGAAACUCCUAUCAUAAAUACUCUUCUCACUCGUUUCUUGGAUACUCCCGAAUUUCGAAACGUGACCCUCAAGUGCCUUACCGAAAUUGGCGGGUUGCAAAUUGGCAGUCCAUAUAAUUAUGAUGAAAGACUGAUUCAUAUGUUCACUGAAACCUUAACGAUUGUUUCCAAAACCAUACCAUUGUCAAUGGAUCUGAAACAGACAUUUGCUAAAAGCAAUUCGAGAGACCAAGAAUUUGUACUCAAUUUGGCGCUGUUCUUAAGUAGCUUUUUCAGUGCUCAUCUCACUCUUAUUGAAAAGCUCCCUAAUCGGGAUUAUCUUACACAUGCACACUUUUAUCUCAUUCGUAUCAGCCAGAUCGACGACAGAGAGGUUUUUAAGAUUUGCCUGGAAUAUUGGACGCGGCUUGUUCAAGAACUUUAUGAAGAGAUGCAACAACUUCCAAUCACUGACAUUAACCCACUAGUGAGCAUGGGUGUAAGCGGCCUAUCGAAUGGGGGUGCGCCACAUCCUAGCACGUUGGCCAAUUACGCUCUUCGCAAGCAUAAGUAUGAAGAAGUUCUGUCAAGCUUGCGUACUGUCAUGAUAGAGAAAAUGGUGCGCCCAGAGGAAGUUUUGAUCGUGGAAAACGACGAAGGGGAGAUAGUUCGUGAGUUCGUGAAGGAAAGCGACACAAUCCAGCUCUACAAGACAAUCCGGGAGUGCUUAGUUUAUCUCACACACCUCGACGUCGUUGACACAGAGAAUAUUAUGAUUGACAAACUGGCUAAACAAGUUGAUGGAUCUGAAUGGUCUUGGGCCAAUUGUAAUACACUCUGUUGGGCAAUUGGAUCUAUUUCUGGAGCCAUGAAUGAGGAAACCGAAAAGCGUUUUCUUGUCACUGUCAUCAAGGAUCUACUCGGUCUCACGGAAAUGAAGCGAGGAAAAGAUAACAAGGCCGUCGUCGCCAGUAAUAUUAUGUACAUUGUGGGGCAGUAUCCUCGGUUUCUGAAGGCCCAUUGGAAGUUCCUGAAGACGGUUGUCAAUAAGCUAUUUGAAUUCAUGCAUGAGACGCAUGAGGGCGUUCAGGAUAUGGCUUGUGAUACUUUCAUAAAAAUCGCGAAUAAGUGCAGGCGUCAUUUUGUUGCUCUUCAGCCCGGAGAAAAUGAGCCUUUCAUCGAGGAGAUUGUUCGGAAUAUGAGGAAGAUCACCUGUGACCUUUCGCCACAACAGGUCCAUACCUUCUAUGAAGCAUGCGGCUAUAUGAUUUCUGCGCAGGGGCAAAAGGGCCUUCAAGACCGAUUGAUUGAGAAUCUAAUGUCGCUACCAAACUCUGCUUGGGAUGCCAUAAUUGCGCAGGCAAAUCAAGAUCCAUCGAUUCUUCAGGAUGGGGAAACGAUAAAGAUCAUUGGAAACAUCAUGAAAACAAAUGUUGCUGCGUGUUCGUCAAUUGGCACCUACUUCUACUCCCAACUAGGACGUAUCUACCAUGAUAUGUUGAACAUGUUUAGAGCGUCUAGCCAGCUUAUAAGCGAUGCUGUUGUGCAUGAUGGAGAAAUCGCGACUAAGACACCCAAAGUUAGAGGAUUGAGAACAAUUAAAAAGGAAAUCCUCAAGCUCAUUGAUACUUAUGUACAGAAAGCCGAUGAUUUGGAGAUGGUUAACACUAACAUGGUUCCGCCGCUCCUUGAAGCCGUUUUGGUAGACUACAACCGUAAUGUUCCUGAUGCGCGGGAAGCAGAGGUCUUGAAUGCAAUGACAACAAUUAUCCAUAAAUUACAUAAUUUAAUGGAAGAUAAAGUUCCAUUAAUUAUGGAGAGUGUUUUUGAAUGUACUCUGGAGAUGAUCAACAAGGACUUCCACGAAUAUCCGGAGCACCGGGUCCAAUUCUUCAAAUUGCUCCAAGCAAUCAACUUAUACUGCUUCCCAGCUUUACUGAAGCUUGACGCUACCCAAUUCAAAUUUGUCAUUGACUCAUGCAUGUGGGCUAGCAAGCAUGACAACCGUGAAGUUGAAAACACUGGUCUUACCAUGUGCCUUGAGCUUAUGAACAAUAUGGCUGAGACCGAUGCUCAAACGUCGAAUAUCUUCUUCCGCCAGUUUUAUAUCUCAAUCCUGCAGGACGUGUUUUUUGUCCUUACAGACAGUGACCAUAAAGCCGGCUUUAAAUCACAAGCAAUGCUCCUGUCGCGCAUGUUCUACUUUAUUGAAUCCGGGAAGGUGCAAGAUCCUAUCUACUCCCCCGAGCAGGCUCCCCUCGGAACAUCCAAUAAAGACUUUCUGCAGGAAUAUGUUGCAAAUCUUUUGCAGAAUGCUUUCAAGAAUCUCCAGGAGAUUCAAAUCAAACAGUUUGUUGUUGGGCUGUUUUCUUUUAAUGACGAUUUUAAUAAGUUUAAAACUCACUUGCGGGAUUUCUUGAUUUCCCUAAAGGAGUUUGCAGGCGACAAUGCAGAGCUCUAUGCAGAGGAGAGAGAGCAAGCUCUACGCGAUGCCAAAGCUGCGGAGCGAGAUCGUGCAAUGAAGGUUGGGGGUCUUCUAAAACCAUCGGAAAUGGACCAAGAGGAUGAGCUAUGA